CUUUUUGAUGCUCAGCUCAAACAGUGGACAAUGGUAGAUCAGUAUAAUUCGUUUUGGUAAAAAGAACUGGUUAAUUUGAUGUAUUGUUUGUUUAGAAACGGACGGCACAAACAAACGUAUGAAGAUGAAGAAAACAAAGCCAAAAACAAAAAAAUAACGCCCCGUGAAAAAAUCCGAGUUCAUAACAGAAACAGUUCUUUUGGAUUUGCCUAUAAAAACUUGCUGAUUCGCCUGGGAAGAGCACAGUCUGACAUUUGACUUCAAAACAACUAAACUAAUCUCAAACAAAAUGAAAUUCCUUAUUGUCGCUUUGGCUUUUGUGGCUUGCGCCUAUGCUGAUGUUUCGGAAUUGGGUUACAAUUAUGAACAACCAGCUGUUGCCCCCGCACCAGCACCUGCCCCAGUUCAACCAUCGAAGAGUUAUAUUCCUCCUGCUCCAGUUGCUCAACCCACCAACACCUAUGUGCCACCAGCACCUGUUGCCCCCGCACCUGUCCCAGUUGCUCAACCCACCAACACCUAUGUCCCACCAGCACCUGUUGCCCCCGCCCCAGCCCCAGUUGCUCAACCCACCAACACCUAUGUCCCACCUGCACCCGUUGCCCCCGCACCAGCUCCAGUUUCCCAACCCACCAACACCUACAUUCCCCCUGCACCCGUCUCCCCUGUUGAAGAAGUUGAACAAACUCCCGCCGAUGGCUACCGUUACAAGACUGUCCGCCGUGUUGUCUACAGACACCGUGCCUAAGCGUCAGAUUAAGGAAUAUGCCUUUAGUUGAUUUGUUAAUGUUAUGAUUUGAAAUAAAAUAGAAAUUUAAAAAGUA